AUGGUGAAGGCGUACCUUCGCUACGAGCAAGCGCGCUCGUUCGGCGUCGUUGCGUCCCCGGACUGCGCUCCCGUGUACGACGCCGGCGGUAAGAAUCUCGUCUGCGCCGCGCUCGAGCGUCUCGCGGUGUGGGACGUCCGACGCGGCAUCCUCGCGAGCUCGCUCGUCCCGCCGCCGCGCGAGAGCGGCGCGCUUCCCGCGGUGACGCGCAUCGCGCGCGCGCCGGGGAGCGACGUCGUCGCCGCGGGCGCGAGCGACGGAUCGAUCCGCCUGUGGAAUCUCGUGGACGGCAGCACGGACGUCCUCUUGAAAGGGCACAAGAGCGAGGUCACCGCGCUGCGGUUUUCGCGCGACGGCUCCCUGCUCGUGUCCGGCGGGAAGGACACGAACGUCGUCGUGUGGGACGUCGUCGCGGAGGCGGGUCUGUGCCGCCUCAGAGGGCACAAGGGGCAAGUCACGGACGCGUGUUUCGUCGACGGCGACAAUAAUGCCGACACACGAGGCGCGUCCGCCUCGGGGCGGCGGCUCGUGACGUGCAGCAAAGACGCGACCGUGCGCGUGUGGGAUCUCGACACGCAGCACUGCGCGCAGACGGUCUCCGCGCUGGGCGCGGAGGCGUGGUCGCUGGACGUGGACGCGCGAGGCGCGAGGCUCGCGGUCGGGACCUCGGACGACCGGCUCCACCUCUUCGCCGUCGCCGGCGGAAAAAGCACGCCGACUCCGAAGGGCUCGGACUCCGACGAGAACACCGACCUCCAGAUCGCGUCGAGCAUCGAGGACGCGUCCAGGACGUUGACGCCGAUGGGGCACCUACCGCGCGCGGACAAGUCGCGCGCGUCGCUCGUGCGAUUCGACGACGACGGCGAACUCCUCGGCGUCCAGACCGUCGGUCGCGCGGUGGAGAUGUACCGCGUGCGAAACGACGCGGAGAUGGCGAAGCGGCGCAAGAGGAAGGCGAAGCGCAAGCGCGAGAAGGGUCGCGACGGCGGCGGCGGCGACGACGACGCGAACGAAAACGAAAACGUCGCCGCGGACGAGCUCGAGCUCGCGGCGGUCGUGCGCACGAAGGCGAAGACCAGGGGGUUCGCGUUCGCGCCGAGAUCGCGCCGCGGUCGCCCUGGCGUCCGCGCCGUCGUCGCGGUGCUGCUCGAUAACAACGCCGUGGAGGAGUGGGAGCUGGAGGCGGCGGACGACGCCGCCGCGAACGACGCGGCGACGGCGUCCGCCUCCAAGUUCGCCGAGCCGACGAGAUCGCGCGCGCUCGAGGCUGCGGGGCAUCGCUCGGAUAUCCGCGCGGUCGCGCUGUCGUCCGACGACGCGACGCUCGUGAGCUGCUCCGCGAAGGGCGCGAAGGUGUGGGACCCGAGCCGCGGCGCGUGCCUUCGGUCCGUGGACGGAGGGUACGGGCUGUGCGUCGCGUUCGCGCCCGCGGGAAGGCACGUCGUCGUCGGGACAAAGUCCGGCGCGUUAGAGCUCGUGGACGUGCAGGCGGGCGCGCGGUUGAGAGGCGCGCCGGACGCGCACGAGGGCGCGGUGUGGGGCGUGUCGACGCUCCCGGACGGCAGCGGGUUCGUGAGCUGCUCGGCGGACAAGACGGUCAAGUUUUGGGAGUGGCGUCUCGUCGACGUCGACGACGACGACGACGGAGAGACCGGCGGCGACGGCGACGGCGUCGCGCCCGGCGCGGGGCCGGGGCGUCGCGAGCUCGGCGUCGCGCACGUUCGAACGCUGCAGAUGAGCGAGGACGUGCUCUCCGUGCGCGUGACGAAGGACGGGAAGCUCCUGUCCGUGUCGCUGCUGGACAACACCCUGAAGGUUUUUUUCGUCGACACGCUCAAGUUUUUCCUGUCGCUGUACGGGCACCGUCUCCCCGCGCUGUGCCACGACGUCAGCGACGACGGCGCGCUGCUCGCGUCCGGGGGCGCGGACAAGAACAUACGCAUAUGGGGCAUGGAUUUCGGCGACUGCCACAAGUCGGUGUUCGCGCACGGGGACUCGGUGACGGCCAUCGCGUUCGUGCCGAAGACGCACUACAUGUUCAGCACCGGUAAGGACCGCGCGGUGAAGUACUGGGACGCGGACAAGUUCGAGCCGCUGCUCACGCUCCAGGGGCAUCACGGCGAGGCGUGGUGCGUCGCGGUGAGCGCGCGGGGCGACUUUUGCGUCACCGCCGGACACGAUCGCGCGAUUCGAGUCUGGGAGAGGACGGACGAGCCGUUCUUCGUGGACGAGGAGAAGGAACGGCGGUUGGAGUCGCUUCUGGAAGAGGGCGGCGGAAACGGCGCGGACGACGACGACGACGACGACCGCGUCGCGGCGGCGGCGCGCGAGCGCGCGGCGGCGCGCGGCGCUUCAGCCCCCGCGGGCGCGGAGGCGGGGAUGGCGGGUCGGAAGACGCUCGAGACGUUGAGCGCGGCGGAUGCCAUCGUCGACGCGUUGGACGAGAGGGACGACGGCGACGCCGUCGCGGACGCGGUCGUCCUUGGUAACGCGAACGCGCUCGGGUUGAAAGGCACGGACGUGUAUCCGCCCGGGCUCAUGCCGAACCCGCUGCUCAUGGGUCAAACCCCGGAGCGGUACGCGCUCGCGGCGAUCGAGAAGGUGCGCGCGGCGGAUUUAGAGCAGGCGAUUCUCGCGUUGCCGUUUUCGAGCGCGCUCGCGCUGCUGGACUACCUCGCCGGGUGGUUACACGCCGGCGAGAAUAUCGAGCUGACGUGUCGCCUCGCCGCGCUCAUCGUGCGGUUACACUACGUCCAGCUCGGUGCCACGUCGGCCGCGCGAGGGGUGUUACUGAAAGUACGGCCGCUGUUACGGAAGCGCGCGGAGGAAAUCAGGGACGUGUUCGGGUUUAACCUCGCCGGGUUGGGGAUGCUCGAGGCGCACCUGAAAGAAGGCGCGGAGGGCGACGACGGCGGCGGCGACGACGAGGACGACGAGGACGUCAAGGGCGUGUGGAAGAACAACGACGUCUUAGACGACGAGGACGUCGGAAGGGAAGCGAAGAAGGAGAGCGGCGGCGAGAAGAAAAAGAAGAAACGCUCGUCGGCGAAACGCGCCGCCGACGACGACUGA